UAGAGUGUUGAAGUCGUUAAUGGCGAAAACUGAUAAGCUAGCUCAAUUCCUUGAUUCGGGCAUCUACGAAUCCGACGACUCCAAUUGGUUCUUCUUAGACCCAGUUCGUAUCACCAAUCGUUCAUAUACCCGAUUUAGGGUUUCACCUUCUGCUUAUUACUCUCGUUUCUUCAAUUCCAAGCAACUCAAUCAACAAUCCAGCGACUCUAAUCCGAGAAAGCGAAAACGGAAGCAGAAAAACCCUAACUUUCACCUUCCUAGUGUAGGAGAGCAAGCUUCGAAUCUUCGUCAUCAGGAAGCGAGGCUGUUCUUAUCGAAAGCCCAUGAAUCCUUUUUAAAGGACAUUGAGUUGUUGAAUUUAACGAAAGGUCUAAGUGAUGAUGAUUCUAGUUUGUUGAACAAGUGUUUUGACGAUGAACUCUCUUUUAUUGAUCUUGGAGGAGUGUGGCAAGCUCCUUUCUAUGAGAUAACACUGAAUUUUAAUCUACAUUGCGACAAUGAAGGUGAGACUAGCAAUGAACAGAAGGUGUUUCAAGUGUUCAACAACCUAGUAGUGAACGAGACAGGAGAAGAAGUUGAAGCUGAUUCUUUUUCCCAUGUUGCCUUCAAGUCUGAUUUACUGCACAUCCGAAACCUCGUUCCUGCUAAACCUGAAGAAGGCUUCAAUCUUAUAGUUAUUGAUCCACCUUGGGAAAAUGCAAGUGCUCAUCAGAAAUCAAAGUAUCCUACUUUACCAAACCGAUACUUCUUAUCUCUCCCGAUCAAGCAGCUUGCUCAUGCUGAAGGAGCUCUCGUGGCAUUAUGGGUGACUGAUAGAGAGAAAUUACUUAGUUUUGUUGAGAAAGAGCUAUUCCCUGCUUGGGGAAUUAAGUAUGUAGCUACAAUGUAUUGGUUGAAGGUGAAACCAGAUGGUACACUGAUUUGCGAUCUGGACCUGGUCCAUCAUAAACCUUAUGAGUACCUUCUACUAGGCUACUGCUUUACCGAAUUUCCAGGAUCAGAACAUAGGUCAGAUUUUGAACUCUUGGACAAGAACCAGAUAAUCAUGAGCAUCCCUGGAGAUUUUUCGAGGAAACCCCCAAUUGGAGAGAUACUAAUGAAACACACUCCCGGGUCUCAACCAGCUCGGUGCCUUGAGCUAUUUGCUAGGGAAAUGGCUGCCGGAUGGACCUCUUGGGGAAAUGAACCGCUUCACUUUCAGGACUCAAGAUACUUUUUGAAAGAUUACUGGGGACAGUUAGGAGAGAACCCUUGGAAAGAAGUAGAAGGUCGGUGUAGUGAAACGUCAUCGUUUGAAGAAGCCAGCCAACAAUAGAGUAAGCCUGAAACAACUAUAGUGUUAGUUACAAGUGUUAGUGUGUAACUAAGAUUAUUUUGUCUCAGAACUGUACCAUCAAUUUAGUCAGCUUUUUCCUUUUCCUGUCAUAAGCAGAUGAUGUUUCAGAUAAAUUUUUUAUAAUAUAUUAUCAGUACAAUA